CUGCAGCUGUGUAGUUUAAGUAUAAUUACUGAAUCUGUGCAUCAAUUUAAUAAUCAACAUGCACAUGUAGGAUGUCGACACCUGAGAAUAGAACCAAUGAGACCAAUGUGACUGCUGUAGAGAAUCUCUUGAAGAGGAAUUCAAAUGAUGUGGGAUGGGAGUAUGGGGUUCUAAUUGAUGCUCAGAAUAAGGAUAAAGUGAAGUGCAAGUUUUGUGGUCACCAAAGCACUGGAGGGGUUUAUCGAUUGAAGCAACAUGUGGCCAAUGUUGGAAAAAAUGUGAAGAAAUGUAGGGAGAGCACUCAGGAAGCUAAAGAAAAGUGCAAGAAAUCACUAGAUGAGUCAAAAAGUAAGAGGGAGGAAAAGACUGUCCGUGAGCUAGAGCUUAGAGAAGAGGUCAAUGUUUCUCGGGUUGGAGGAGAGGAUGAUGAUGAAGUAAAUUGUGUUGGAAGCUCUGAGCCUCACAAAUUAGGACCCAUUGAUAAGUGGACUCGUGCUAUUGAUCCUAAAGCAACAAAAACUGAAUCUUUGAAGCAACAAAAGUUGAACAAGGAGCUUUGGAAGGAAAGAACACGUGAGGUGCAGAAAUAUAUUGCAAGAUGAGUCUAUACACAUGCCAUACCAUUUAAUGCUUGUGACAAUGAUGAAUUCAAGCAAAUGUGUGAAGCAAUUGGUCAGUUUGGUGCUGGAUUUCAACCUCCUUCUCAACGUGAUCUACGUGAGACUUUGCUGGAAGAGGAGUAUGCAAGAACCAAGAGUUUGCUUGAAGAACGUGAUGCUGAAAAGAUGAAAAGUGGGUGCUCUAUCAUGACAGAUGCUUGGUCAGAUACGAAGAGAAGAAGCAUAAUGAACUUGUGCACAAAUUGUGCUGAGGGAUCAAGUUUUAUUAGCUCAAAAGAGAUGUCAGAUGUGUCACAUACAAGUGAAGUCAUCUUUGAAUUGGUGGACAAAGCAAUUGAAGAACUUGGUCCAGAUGAUGUGGUGCAAGUAGUGACAGACAAUGCUUCUAACAAUAUGGGAGCAAAAAAACUCUUAGUGGAGAAGAGGCCACACAUCUUUUGGACCUCUUGUGCAACUCAUACUAUUAACUUAAUGCUCCAAGGAAUUGCCAGCUUGACAAAGUUUAAGAAGGUGAUUGAUCAAUCUAAAGCAUUCACCAUAUUUGUUUAUGGGCACACAAGAACAUUGAAAUGCAUGAGACACUUUACAGAGGGUAAAGAAAUCAUAAGGCCAGGAGUAACUAGGUUUGCUUCAGUCUUUCUUACUUUGAAUAGCAUGCUAGAGAAGAAGAAUCAGCUGAAACAAAUGGUGGUUCACAGUAGGUGGGACCAAUUGAAGGAUGUGAAAUCAAAGAAAGGAAAGGAUGCAACAGCAACAAUAUUGAGUCUAGCCUUUUGGAAAGAUGUGAAGAUAUGUUUGAGUGUUUUUGAGCUAUUAUUCAAAGUUCUACGUUUGGUUGAUGGAGAUGUGAAGCCAUCCAUGGGUUUCUUGUUUGGAGAAUUAAUCAAGGCAAAGAGAGAGAUCAAGGAGGCAUGUGGCAAUGUUGAAUCUCGCUACAAGGAGAUCAUUGCUAUCAUUGACAAGAAGAUGAAAGAAAGACUUGAUUCUCCAUUGCAUUUGACUGCGUAUUUGCUGAAUCCAUACUAUAGUUAUGCAAACCAAGCCAUCUUUGAUGAUCCCACAAUAACAGUAGGCUUUAUCAAUUGUGUGGAGGUUUUUUACCAUCAUGAUGAGAAUAUGCAAGAACAGGCUGUAAAUGUGGAAUUAAAGAAAUUUCAGAGUAGAGAAGGAUCAUUCAGUAAAAAGCUUGCAAAGACUUGUCAAAACUUUGACUACAACCCAGGUAACUAAUUGUUC